AGAUCAAAUUUGUAUGUUUUAUUAAGAGAAUCGUGUCUAUUUACAAGAAGCCCAACUCUAUAAGAUAUAACAAAAGCGGGUACUAGGGUUUAGCACUUUUCCAUACCGAGCUGAGCUUCCAAUUUGCUUCAAUGGGAACUAAGCGAAAAGCUUCUUCUUCAACCCCAAAGCCCCAACCUGUACCACAAAAACCUCAAUCUUCAUCCUCUGAAGAAGAACAAGAAGAAGAAGAGCAAGUCGAAUACGAAGAAGAAGAAGAAGUAGAAUACGAAGAAGUAGAAGAAGAAGAAGAAGAAGAAGAAGAAGAAGAAGAAGAAGAAGAAGAAACCGAACCGGAACCCGAACCCGAAUCCGAGUCGAUAAAGCAAGAAACCAUCCGUAAACUUCUUGAACCAUUCAGCAAAGAACAAAUAAUCAGUUUGUUCAAAACCGGGUCAUCAGACGACCCAUCAAUUCUUUCUCGGGUCAAAACCCUAGCUGAUUCUGACCCGACCCACCGAAAAAUCUUCGUACACGGACUCGGGUACGAUGCAACAUCGGAGCAACUCCUUUCCGCUUUCAAACCCUAUGGAGAAAUCGAAGAAUGUAAGUUAAUUACUGAUAAGGUAACCGGAAGAGCAAAAGGGUACGGAUUUGUGCUGUUCAAAUCUCGGGUCGGGUCAAAAAGGGCUUUAAAGGAACCCCAGAAGAGAAUUGGGAAUCGAAUGACGUCCUGCCAGCUGGCAGCUGUGGGGUCCAGUGGGGGGAAUCAAGAUUCUGGGUCCGGUGGCCGGAAAAUAUAUGUUGGGAAUGUUGGGGCUGAUCUGGAGAGUGAAAAGUUAAGAGCUUUUUUCGCAAAGUUUGGGGAGAUUGAAGAAGGGCCAUUAGGGAUUGAUGGUGUUAGUGGGAAGUUUAAAGGGUUUGCUAUAUUCGUGUAUAAGACGGUUGAGGGAGCGAAUAAGGCGUUGGAGGUACCACAGAAGUUGUUUGAUGGGUGUCAAUUGUUUUGCAAGAAGUUCGUGGAGAAUUCGACCAAUGCUGGUGGUGGUAGUAGUAGUAAUGUGAAUCAGGGUGUGCAGCAAAAUGAGAUUAGUUAUGGUUAUGGAGUGAGUCCGGGGAUACUAGGUGGCGCGAAUAUGAAUGGGGUGCCUAUUUUGAUGGGGCAAGGCGUUGGAUUUGGAAUGAAUCCGUUGUUGGGAUUCAAUCCUUCAUUUGGAGGGAUUGGUUCUGGUUAUGGUAUAAAUGGCAUUAGUCCGGUUGUUGUAGGAGGUUAUGGUUCGGACCCAGCUUUGCAAGGAUUAGGGACUUAUCCGGGUGCGCAGAUAUGGCAACCGUCUUAUGGAGGGUCAUCAGCUAUGGCAACGAUAACUACAGGUACAAAAGAGUCAUCUGGCGUUGGAUCAGUGACCUAUCCCUCGUCCCGGGGCCGUUAGAUGACAGUGGCUGGGGGUUAUGUGUGAGAGUGGAUGAAAUGGGCAUUCUGAUGCGUGCAUCGUCCCACACUGUUCACACAUUGAGAAUCGACUGGAAUUAGCCAAUAUGCGUAAAAACGCUCCAAGAAAGAUCAAAACCAGAGGUACAUGUGGUGUCUUAGAGUUUCUUCUUGCAACACCAAUGUCGCGUAUCCCACCUAAAAUGCUGAUAUGUACACAUUUGGUCGAGUAAUUCACAGCUGGAUUGAAUAUGAUAAGAUACGGUUUAGCUCACUACAACAUACAUUUGUCAUUGAGAGCAGAUUUGUUUAGGCUUUAUCUUUCUUCUAUACUUCAUCGCUGUUUCUUCGGUUUAGAUAUAUUCCUUUUAUUGCCUGUGCUAUAUGUUGUUGAUGGUACUUUUCUUUAAAUGCAGACUGUUAAAUUGCACACCAA